GUUCGAAUAGUGUAACUUUCACAGCUAAUAAAUGAAAAUCGUCUUUCAAGUUAUCAAAUAAUUAAAUAUUUUAUAACAAGAGUUUUUUAUUUUAUAACGUUUCCUAUAUAGAACAAAUACACACCUAUUAUACACACAUGCAAGGAUGUCAUGGAUAAUUAAGCUCCUUAAUCUACUAGCAAUCUUUGGUAUUUCUCAUGCGAUUAAAUGGAAAUCGGAAAGCAGUGAAGAUCAGUGCGAGACAGCAAUCAGAGAAGUCAUUAGAGAUGAUCGAGCUAUUGUAGAAGAUGAUAGUUUAACUAGGCUGCAUUACACAUGGUCAUCUCAAGAAUGUGAAGUACGUGCUGGCCCAGAAUAUAUCAUUCGAAAGUACACAUUUUUCGAAAACGGGACAUUUUUAUUACUACGCUAUCAUUAUGCCGAAGAAUCUUGUAGCAUAGCAACUCACACAGUAGUUGGACGUGGAUCCAUUCAAUUGGGUUUACCGUCAACGCUAAUACCUGGUGCAACUGAAACCAAAUUUCACAUAGACGUGGUUCACAUAGUCCCAUUAAAUCGUCAGAUCGCGAAUAAAUUUGGACAUAGAUUAAAUGUCACUUGUAGUUUCCAACCAAAAUGGCGUCCUUACGUAGCACAACCAAUUUAUGAACGGCUUCAUCCUCAAUUUGAAUCUGCUUCGUGGUACAGUCCAAGAUAUAAUUCUCUUCAAAAUUAUCCUUCCUCGAAAAAAGGAAAAGCGAUUGAUUGUUUGGAAAAACUUGGAAUCGAAUUCGACGAAUUGAGUAUACUAAGAGUGCAAAAAAGAGCACUCGAUCAGAGAUACAUCGUACCUAGUUCGAUUUAUAAAUCAAAAGUCGAAUUGGCGCUUGCUAAUGUACCACCAAAUAUACAGUCUCGAUGGAUUCAUCAACCUACGUCGUUACAAUCUACAAUGUUAAUUCGUAUGGAUACCAUUAGCGAUUGUCCAAUAUGCGGCAGUAUAUCUCGAGGAACGGAAUAUAAUCCUCCACUGUUACACGAAAUAGCACCACUUCCAGCGUUACUUGGUGGUUCCUGGAUAAGUUUCCAAUGUGAAAGUGUCAAAGGCGGUUUAUGGUCCCGACGACACAUGAAAAUAUAUUCCGGUGAUAAAUUAUGGACUGGUCGUUGGGAUUAUUACUUGGAUCCACGAUGUACUAUAUUUUCUUACUCGAUCACUGCAGCAGGAAGUUACGUGCAACGUGCUGGAGGAUAUAAACGUGAUAUGGAUAAUACGAAACUAUUCCAAUCAUCUUGGAAUCCAUUAACAGACAAAUUAAUGUCUAGAUCAAGAAGAAGUAUGGACGACGCGUAUCGUCAUCUUUUUCGAAACGCUCGACCUUCGAUGGUUGAAUCAUUUGCUGCAAUGCUCAAGGGUAAUCAAAAGCACGAAGUGAUUGCAACAAGUGCAGAGACAUCCCCAAGCACACCCUGUGGUACUACGGAAUUGGAUCUUCACGUAGCCGAGAGUGUUCUCAUCCCAGGAGAUACGUUAAUAGUUGAUCGAUGUGCUGGCAAAGAGCCAGGCAAACCACUUACCUUAUGGCCUAAUAAUUGCGUUCCUCUGGCCAUAGAAGCACCAUCCACGCUUCGAUUAAGAGCUAAAGUUGGAGUUAGUUGGUCUGGUCAAUACAUCUUACGAUUAGGUCCGAGAGAUAACGAUAUUUGGGAUAUGCCACUUCGUCAAUGUGGACAAACUAAUUCGCGCAAUCCUAAACUUAGAAUAUAUCUUCGAAAAAGUUUAGGACUUAAAUAUGGACUUUCGUCUUUGGCAGUGUCAACCAAUCAGACAUCUCUCGAAAUGAUUAUAAUUAUGUUUCUUUGUUCAUUACUUGUUCCGAAUAAGCUAAAUAUUGUUCUUAUGGACAGUAUUCUAUUAUAAUCUAAUUAUAUAGUUUGAAAUGUUUGUUAAAUGAAAUGUUUAUCGUACCUAUCGAUACGAAUAUGUAAAUAUAGUACACGAGUACUUGAAAAAAUCAUUUUACUCGUUUGUUGGAUCAAGAUUAAAAGAAAUAUUUA